UUUGCUUUUGGCAGUCCCCUGUCCAAGAGCUACAAGACACCGGAGGCUUUGAAAUUUUGAUUCUUCUUCCGUGUAAACUCCCCCCCCCUGUUGUGGAAGGAAGAGAAGAAACAAAAAGAAAAAAUGGAUCUCCAUGACUGGGAAAUCCUAUCUGAUGAUGGGUUGCUUGAUUACAAAGAUGAUCGGAAGACGAAGAUCGUCUCGGCCAACAGAAGUUCGGCUUCUGAUGCCAAUAUUGUGUUCGACAUGAACUACUUCCUGUGCCCAUCAAUGGAUUCUAAGCAUAUCACCCAACCGCCAAGGAGUUCUUCAGGGUUCUUGCCUAAACAGCCGAUUCCUGUUCAUAUUCAACUGGACUCCCCAAUUAUCAAAGUCCCAGAUGAUUUAAUGGCACUGAGAGAAAAAGACAAGGAGCCCAUGGUGAUCGGUGUUGUGCCAUCAUCCAUGAGUGAGAAGGAUCAGAAAGGAGGUGUGGAAGCCACCGAUCAAGAUCCUGUUACUCAAGUUUUCUUCAAGAAAAUGAAGGAAAAUGAAUUCGUCGACAUGAAAAUAGACUCACCCAGAUCUAGUAACAAGGGAACAAAGUCUCAAAUUGAUGUUGGGCAUUAUCAAUUUGAUGAUGGGGGCGAGGGUACAGAGAACAACAUGACCAACUCGCCCAGAAUGAAUUUGAUGAGCCAGAAAAGCAACAAAGACGAGAUGAAUUGGGAUGGAUCCAACGGUGGGCUAAACAUAUUCAAGUGGAGCUUAAAUGGGAUUGGUGCCAUUUGCUCCUUCGGUGUUGCAGCUGCCACUAUUUGUAUUCUGUUUCAUGGAGGCAGCCAACAUAAGCUAAGAAUCCAGAUCUAUACCCAUGAUAAGAAAUUAAAGCAGGCAGUUCAGCAGGCUACUAGAUUAAAUGAAGCGAUCACAGCAACAAGAGGACGUCCACAGAUAUGGGCUCACAUAACCUGUGGUGGCCACUACGAUGGGCUCUAAGGAAUCCAAGAGUUCAGAGUCUUUCCUCAAGGAAGAGUCAAGACCUAGUUCUAUCAAUUUAUUCAAAGUUAAACAUGUCUGUACAUAAAGAUUAUACCUUUUAAGAACAAAAAAUAGUUUAGGAAUGCUACUUGGAUGAAAUUGGAUGAUUUCCUACUGUGUCUGAAAAUACUGAGUGUUGUUCAACUAAGAACUUUACGGGCUUGUAUGGUUUUGUUGUGUCUUCCAUUAUGGUCAUUCUGGAAAAGUAGUACAAUAUUUAUUGCUUAGAACACCAUUUUAGUCCAUAUACAGUGAUUCCUGUAAACACGGUUUAUAACUUUUGUACUACUAUAAUAAAUGUGCCUUGAAUC